AUCGUGAUUAUAAACUCUAAAAAAUAAUGGCAUGGGUGAAAUUCCUAAGAAAACCUGGGGGUAACCUUGGAAAAGUUUAUCAGCCUGGAAGUAUCCUGUCCCUGGCCCCUACUAAAGGCUUAUUAAAUGAACCUGGACAAAACAGCUGCUUUCUUAAUAGUGCUGUUCAGGUAUUAUGGCAACUUGACAUAUUUAGACGAAGUUUAAGAGGUUUAACUGGACACGUGUGUCAAGGAGAUGCCUGCAUAUUUUGUGCUUUAAAGGCAAUCUUUUCACAGUUCCAACACAGCCGAGAAAAAGCCCUCCCGUCGGAUAACAUGAGACACGCCCUCGCGGAAAGCUUCAAGGAUGAGCAGCGUUUCCAGCUGGGAUUCAUGGAUGAUGCAGCAGAAUGCUUUGAAAAUAUCCUUGAGAGGAUUCAUUUCCACUUAGUGCCAAACAGCGAAACAGAUAUGUGCACUUCCAAAUCCUGUAUUUCUCACCAGAAGUUUGCUAUGACACUGUAUGAGCAGUGUGUGUGUCGCAGUUGUGGAGCAUCAUCAGAUCCGUUGCCUUUUACGGAAUUUGUGCGUUACAUUUCCACCACAGCCCUGUGUAAUGAAGUAGAAAAAAUGAUGGAGAGGCAUGAACGUCUCAAGCCAGAAAUGUUUGCAGAAUUGCUGCAGGCAGCAAAUACUGCUGAUGACUACAGAAAGUGUCCUAGUAAUUGUGGUCAAAAAAUAAAAAUUCGUCGUGUUCUUAUGAAUUGUCCUGAGAUUGUCACCAUCGGUUUAGUCUGGGAUUCAGAACACUCCGAUCUGACAGAAGAGGUUAUGCGGAAUCUGGCAACACAACUUUAUCUUCCAGGGCUGUUUUAUAGGGUUACAGAUGAAAAUGCCAAAAACAGUGAGCUUUUUCUUGUGGGAAUGAUUUGCUACACGAGCCGACAUUACUGUGCCUUUGCCUUUCACACCAAGAGCUGCAAAUGGGUGCUGUUUGAUGAUGCUAAUGUGAAAGAGAUUGGAACAAAAUGGAAAGAUGUGGUGUCCCGGUGCAUUCGGUGUCACUUCCAGCCAUUGCUGCUAUUUUAUGCUAACCCAGAUGGCACAGCUGUGUCUCCAGAAGAUGCACCAAAGCAGAUUAUUCACUGGUCUCAGUGCAAGGCAGCAGGAGGAAAUGGGGAAGACCCGGGAUUUGAAAAGCAUUCUGCUGCUAAAUCAGACCAUGUGAAAGAGAAUGGAAUUGUAGAUUCCACUAAUCAAAGGAGUAACAAAAAACUUCAGCCAGAUAAUCCAGCAUUCAGUAGAAGCCAUAUUCAAGCAAGUGGUGGCAGAGGUCCAGCCAAGUUGGGAUACGGCGAACACAAGGACAGGCUGAAGGACUUAUCCAGAGAGUGUGCCCAGAAAGCUGCUGACAUGAAAAGCUUCACAUCUUUACGGAAAGACGCAGACAGAGGACCAAGGAAAGAGUCUGGGAGACAAAGAGACUUGACUGGGGAAGACCGUUCCAGUGCUAAGUCAGGGUCUCCUCCAGUUGGAAACGGACUGAGGCACUGCGCGGAUCAGCGGAUCUACGGCAGCCAGGGAAGGGGCCCCUACAAGCACGACAACCAAGCAUCUCACCAGGCAAAGCUUUCUGCACAUGUGCUUGGAUCAAACAAAACAGAACCUUUUCCUGCUGGGGAGAAACCAGUGACAAGGACACGGACCGAUGGCGUCACUGGCUAUGACACGGACACCAGUCAAGACUCCAGGGACAAAGGAAGUAUCAGGAGCAGGAGUAAAGGCUGGAAACCAAUGCGAGAGACAUUGAAUGUAGACAGCAUUUUCAGUGAGACUGAGAAAAAACAGCACAGCCCAAAGCACAAAGCAAACCUGAGCAGUAAAUCUAAGCAUGAAAAAGAGCGGAGCUUUAACCACUGGCCAAAGGAGAACCAAAUACAGAAGGGUUUAAUGACUAUAUAUGAAGAUGAGACAAAACAGGAUACAGGAAGUCGAAGUUCACUGGAUUCUGAGGGAAAAGGGAAUGCUGAAAAAAGCAAAGGAUUUACAGAGAGAAAAAUCCAUGGUGAUAACUGGCAAAUUCAGAGGACAGAAUCUGGGUAUGAAAGCAGUGACCAUAUCAGCAACGGAUCUGCAAAUCCAGACUCCCCUGUUAUUGAAGGAAUCAAUACAACAGAUGCCAAGAAUGUGAAGGAAAGUUCUUCCUGCAGUGAACAGAACUUGCCAACCAAAAAAGCUGACAGUGUGGUACAUUCAGUACCCCAGCAGAACAGAAACUUCCAUGCCCCAGAUUUGAGAAAAGAUCAGAUCAGUUCUGAAGUUAACUACAGACCUCAUCCUCAUGUUGGUUUUCCAACAGAACUACAUUUGCAGGUGCCCAGUCCUCCAGUAAAGAGGGCUGAAAUACCUGAGACCAACAGGAAAUUUUUCCCAUCAUCAGCUCUCCAGCCAGUUGUCAAAGAGAUUGUGAAGUCAGACAGCAGGAGCAAGGCAAACGAGCCGAACUCUUCCGAGCGGCUUCACACGGACAGGUUUGAGAAGCUGAACGCGCCGGUGUAUUGUGCGGAUGGCAUGUCCCACCCCUUCCCAGACAAUGCCUGUGGCAGGAAGCCCAUCCACAGCGACCUUCCUCCCCCUGCCCAGCCGCAGUCCCAUCACACAAGAAGCGUGUCCCAUCACACUCUGGGUCCCAAGGUGGGGCUGCUGCCCUGCGCACCUCAGAACCUGCCGGAAAGGCCGGUGGUGCCGCCCGCCCCUCCCGGUGAGCACUCCGGGCACCUGCUCCGGAGGGUGGAUCCCCUCUGGGUGCCUGAAGCCGUGUACCAGAACAUUCCUCCCCCCUUACCUCCGAAGAAAUAUGCUCUGAGCACUUUGGCAGGAUCAGAGAACAACUCGGUAGCGGAUGUAAAAUCAACGGAAGCGUUGCAAAAUAGCCCAUUAAGGCAACCAGGUGCACCUUCAAAAUCUGCAUCAGAAGCAAGUGCAGUCCCAGCUGAACAAAGGCUUAAAGAGCCCUUUCCAGGGAACGAAGUGUUUGUUCAUAAACCGGAUUCUCCACCUCGCUUAUCAGUUAAUGAGUUCUGGACCGUGUCUGAGAACAUGCUGAAGAAAGGAUCUCGUCACACGGGACCCAGCCCUGGCUACGCGGAUGGGAACGACAGCGUGUCCCUAACCACUUACUUCUCAGUAGACAGCUGCAUGACUGACACCUACAGGCUGAAGUACCACCAGAGGCCCAAGCUGUAUUUCACAGAGAGUGGAAGCUUCCACAAGGAGAAGCAUCCUCCAGCAGCAGGAGUAGAUCUGAAUGCCACAUACCCCGCCACUCUGGAGCCCAGGCAUCCCACCCCUGAACCGAGGUACAAGGCAAACGCAGAAGGAAUACACUGCAGUCGAUAGGUUCUUGGAGAAACCUGCACCUGGAUCUGACUUUGGCAUUUCAUGUAGUCUGUAAAGGGGCACAACCUUGAUUCUCUGUGUGUCUGUGUGUGUGUGUGUGUGAUAACCAGGUACCCAGCUGACUGUACUUGCUUGGAAGUUGUGACUGUUCAAACAAAUAUGCAAAUAGAGGCCAACAGAGGAGAAGAGGUGCUAAACUUGUGGUUCUUUGAUUUGUUACUCUAGUUGCCUUAAUGCUUACCUCUGUUACUCAGCUUGUCUUCUCUG